AUGCGAGCAAUGAACGGCCGUUUGCAGAGUGUGCUGCGCUCGCCGCUGAUGCGCAACAACCAGCUGAAUCACGUCGAGAAUGGGAACAAGCAGCACCAUCACCAUCAUCGGCGAAGGGAAUCGGAGGGACUGCCGGGGAUCAUACAGUUCGACGAGAGCGCCGACGAGUAUCGAUGCUUCUGCAGUUGUUUCCACAUCAAAACGGGUGCAUAUGUUAUUGCGGGUGAGCGCUUUUUCAUGUUUGUUUCCGUAUACGGCUUAAGGCUCGGGAAUUAUCAAAAUCAUUGCGCGUCCAGAAAAUGUGUCACGAUGACGGCCAUUUAAAAUGUGCUAGCGGUAUAAACAACGACUGUAUAUGGAUUGUAGUACUCUCUAGACUACCCACAAAAAGAUUUAGGUCCAAAACGUAUGCAAUACGCUAUUUGGCGAGCGCACACUUGCGGGCAACCACUUUGCGGGCAGCCAGUUUGCGGGCAAAUUUUUUGCGGGCAGCCACUUUGCGGGCAGCCGACAUUUGCGGCCAGCACCGGCAUUUGCGGGCAGCCUGGGACAUUUGCGGGCAGGGUCGACAGUUGCGGGCAGCCUGGAAGAUUUGCGGGCAGCCGACAUUUGCGGGCAACCGACACCUGAUUGUGAGGGUAACGGAAUGAAGGGGGAGAAAUUACUAUGAUAUUUUGGAAACUUGCCGACAUUUGCGGGCAGCCGACAUUUGCGGGCAACCGGCGCUUGAGGAUAACAAGGUGGAGGUGGAAAAAUUACUGCAAUAUUUUGGAAGUUUUCCGACAUUUGCGGGCAGGCAAUACUUGCGGGAAGCCGACAUUUGCGGGCAACAGUUCCAAAAGUACCAAUACAGUCUGUGUGAUUGUUUUUUCCUGUUGCCCGCAAAUGUCGGCUGCCCGCAAGUGUCGGCUGCCCGCAAAUGUCGGCAAAUUUUCAAAAUAUCGCGGUAAUAUUUCUAUCUCCACCCUGUUACCCUCAGGUGCCGGUUGCCCGCAAAUGUCGGCUGCCCGCAAGUGUCGGUUGCCCGCAAAUGUCCCAGGCUGCCCGCAAAUGUCUCAGCUGCCCGCAAAUGUUUCAGCUGCCCGCAAAUGUGACCCCCCAAAUUUUGCCCGCAAAGUGGCUGCCCGCAAAAAAUUUGCCCGCAAACUGGUUGCCCGCAAAGUGGUUGCCCGCAAGUGUCGCGACGCCCGCUAUUUGGAUGACGGAUUUUCUGGAUUUUGCUGGAUUUUUUCUGCAGCCAGUCUCAAAUUUUUUUUGCGUGAUCUGAAGGUACUCCUAGCCGUAUACAUCCGUUUUUUAAACCAUUAGCACACUUUAGCCUGGUGUCAUCGUGACGCAUUUUCUAGACACUGAAAAAAUUUUAUGCCCCGGGGGUAUAAAUUCUCACCAUAUUUUACAUUAAUCUCCCAUAACUCCUUUUACUUUUCCGAUUUCAUCCCCGCAAUUUCAGGUCUUGAAUUCUUCCUCAUCCUCUUCUUCUUCAUCAACUCAUUCCUCGUCAGCCUUCAACAAAAAGAAAGCUACCACUACAAGCAGGGCGACAAAACCAGUGAUUACGUCCACGUCGCAUUCAUCAUCACGGCCGCUUGCUCGGCGUUAGCCACGAUUUGCGUGCUGUUGAUGGUAAUCGGGGUCAUGAAGAACGUGGGCGGCUUGCUGAUACCUCACAUGAUUAUUCAGGUAAAUUUUGGGGAAGCAUUAAAGAGUACGGUGUCUGAGGGUUAAAAGCCAUACAAAAGUCUUUUUCGGCAGUCUUUACAAAGCUUUUUGUCAAUUUUAAUAAUAAAAUUAAGGGUGUAGAGAAGGUUUUCCUAACAACAAGAGAGAAAACAAACUUUUUUUAAAUACAUCUUUCCCAAUUUCGCUUGGAAAAAUAUAGAUUUUUUGAGACAUUUUUAAUUUCCCUCAUCGGCAAAAAUAGGUAUAAAACUUCACGCCAAAAUUCGCAAUAAAGCGGACAUUUUUGCCAGCUUUUUGCCUUGAAACCGUCUUUUUUGCAGGGACCAAUGCGUUAUCUGAAAGUUUGCUGAAAAUCAUAGGGCGCAGCUCGGAGAACUUGCACGGGCGCAGCUCAAAAGCAGGCUGAAACUUAGCUCUGGCGAGCUGCGAAACGUUGUUUUUCGAACUGCGCCCUACUAUUUUCAGCUAACUUUCAACAAACUUUCAGUUAGCGCAUUGGCCCCAGAACAAAAAUCAGAAAAAGGAAUCUUAAUUUGGUGACUGUUUUAUCGAAAUCUGAGCGUCGCGCUUGAGGUACUUCUCAUGUUACAAUAAAUCAAUUUAAAUUUGUUGCCGUUUUUCGUCAAAGUCUGAGCGACACACUUUGAGCACCUUCCAUGACAGAUUGAAAUAUGAUUUACAAUGCAUUCAAAAUUCGGCCUAAAGAAAAAGCUCCCCCUUUUACAGCAUGAAACUUUUUGUGCGGAAAUUCGGCAAAAAGUGUCAAAUUUUCGCCAACUUUCGAUCUAUAAAUCUCGGUUGUUUCUGCAAAGCGCGAGCUGGGAUUCUCGCUUAUAUUUUAGAAAAAAAUUAUUCUGAAUUUAUGCCAAGUUUCAUCAAAAUCUGAGCGUCGCACUUGGGGUACUUCCCCUGUAAAAUCAGCCAAUUCCUUUUCAUUGCAGGUUCUAACCAUCCUCACAGUCGGCCUCCUCAUAAUUCUCGGGAUCGUCGCCGUUUCCACCGACCUCGCCGUCUGCUAUCGGAUCCUGAACGCGGCCCCCUUCCACGAGCACCCUCAACAAAGCACCGUGGCGUUGGACACCAAUACCUUGGUCCGGAUCUACUUUUUCAUCGGCAUGCUGGUCCUCACAUUCAUCCUGCAGCUCUACUUCCUGAUCACCAUCUACAACUGCCGUCAGUACUUUGUGGAGCGGCGUCAGUACAUGAAGUACUGCAUGACCUACUCCAAGCCCAUGGAAACCUUGAACAGCGCGCGGUGACCAUAGCCAAAAGUUGUUGACAAUUUUUUUUUCUUUUUUACUUGAAAUUUUUGACACAAUGUCUUCUCGUUUUAAGCCUCGGUCCGGAUUGUCUUUCUGAUGCGUAUACCUUUGGAAUUUUUGUUGUACAAAAAAGUCUCGUGCGUUCUACCAAUAGUUAGUUUUGGAAUUUCGUAGAAUACUUCACUUUUACGUUGUGGUUAUGUGAAAAAGCUUGAUAAACAAUAAAAGUAAAAAAUUAUGGUUCAAGAUGUGGCAUGAUUUCUGUGUGUUUAUGUGUAAGUUUUUGGAAAGUAUGUUUAAAAAUGUCGGAGUAUGAAGAUCCUUGUGUUUGAAUGGAACCCUCGUGUUUCAAGCCUGAUCGCUACAACUACUCAAGAAAGUUCUUUAGCGCGAUACUCCAGCUCGUGCUCUGCAGAAACAAGCUCAGGUAUUUAACACAUCAUAACAACUAGAUUUGGAUCAUUGGCAAAAAACGUACCUUUUUGCAUUCGGGAAAUAUCAAAAAUGUGGCAAUAUGCUUCCCUCUCCAGGUUAAAAACUCCGAUUUCAAAAGCGCGCUUCACGUCAAACCGAGAUAAGCUAAAACAGUCCGGUGAAUGGAUUGGCAAUUUGCCAAAAAAAGACGCGAAAAAACGUUUUGUCGGGGAAGAAAUGGGGAAUUUUUGGGGCGAGAGAGUACGUUUUUGCGUGUCUUUUUUCUCUCUUUCUCUGGAAAUCAAGACGAAAUGUAAAAAACCGAUAGCGAAGAGUCUAUUCCGGUCACCGGACUCCUCAGUUUGACGUGCGCUUGCUCUUUUUGUGAGGGAAAGGGCGCGCAGGUCAAAACGGAGUUUUUGUAGUUGGAGAGGGAAGCAUUUUGCCACAUUUUUGAUACUUCCCGGAUGCAAAUGUUUUAAUAGCGUGGAAGAAGAAAAAUUUUGUGAGAUUUCGUCUUCCAAGCCGUAAAAGCAAGGUUCAAAUUCUCUUCAAAAAGAAGAUUUUUUUUCACUUGGAGAGGGAGGCACUUUGGCACAUUUUUGAUGCUUCCCGGAUGCAAAACGGUACAUUUUUUGCCACUGGAUCAGGUCCAACACCGUAUGUUUAUGACUUGGAGAGCAAAAUUAUAGAGACAUUAUCACAUACUUUUUCCUGUCCUUUGUCGUAAAGACGAAUUUUCAGUAAAAAAAAUCGGAUAGGUUCUUACAAGGUCAUUAAAAAUAAAUAAAGCGUUUAAGAUUGUCGUGAUGACCAAAAGUUUGAUAAUACCACAAACGUAUCCGCCAAAUACGUAUCUUUCCGCGUUGACGUAGAAAAUAGUCGGAAGCGCAUUUCGCCACAUGACUACUUCCCGGAGUCUUCCGGAAAUUUCCUGUGUACAUGUUCAAUUUCACAGCCUAAUAAAUCACUAAUUUUGUUCGCCCUACUCUUGCCUAACCAACGUGAUGCGGGCGAAAUCAAAAAAGGUUUUUCGCUUUCAUCAUUUAUUUUGUUUACUUCGUCAAGAUUUUUUUUACGUCAAAAAUGAGACUGUUUACUCUAUUCUUACUACUGAUAUCAGUUGUUAUUGCCAUUCCGACAACUAGGGACUUGAGAGAAUGGAGAAGGAUUCGUAGGCUCGACCUGGAGGACAGAAGCGAUCACCACCAUCCCCAUCAUCAUCACCAUAACCUUCAUUCGCAUGGACACCACAGCAGCCAUAGCUACAGCCACAGCCAUGAGCAUUAGGUUGAGGAGAUUUGCGAAGAAGGAUUUACGAAGAGAAAUUUGACUUCAACUGUAAUUUACAAAAAAAUUUUUUUGAAUUUCCAUAUGUGAAUAAAGCGGUACCAUAUGCAACUGAUACACCCCUUUGUUUCCGGUCGCUCUAAGCAGGGGGAAGUUCGUGACAUAUAGCAGAUAUUCAACGAUUUUUAGGACCGAGAGAGCACAGGAACGCGGAGAGCAGUCACAGAAAAAAACACCCUUUGGCCACAUCUUUUCCAGUUUCGCACGAUAAACAUUGAUUUUUUGUGGAAAUAUAACUCUCUGCAGUAGAAACGAGCAUGAAACUUUUUAUGCCAAAGUUCAACACAUGGCGUCAUUUGUGCCAAGUGUUAUGAAUAUAUGAGCGUCGCAUUCAUGAACUUCUCGUGUGAGUCACACGACAAGUAAAAACUUUACUCUGGCUUCCUCACUGCUAUAUGUAUAGGCUCGUGAUUCCGUUGCCCAAGAAGAUAAGGUGUCUGACUCCUCCAAACAUCUAGACAAGUGAGGAACGCAGCGCCGACGGUGGAAGUCAGCGUUGGGAGGAUCGUCGUUUCUCUAAUCGUCAUCGCCAGCACAGCAGCGGCGUAGCCAUGAAAGGGUCAUGAAAGUGAGUAAUGCCCCAUCCAAUCCAAAAUUUUUCCAUUACCUCUGUCUAUGACGCAUGGCGAUUAAAUCUAGUUUUGAUCCGUCCUUAUUUCUCGCUGAACACUACACUAUAAACAACUAACCAACGAUAAACUCUAUUACUCACGACAUGUCAAAAACCUUACACAGUAACUUUUCAAUUUUUUGACUUCCAAUCUUCGUCGCGCCAUCUCCCUAGCCUUCCAUCCUUUUCGUAUAAAAAGAGAGCACCGCUUCCACGACGGUUCAUUUAGUUUUCAACAUGAUUAGGAGUGUAAAUGUCCUGCUGAUUCUUCUUCUGCUAGCUGUUGCUGUUUCGGCGGCGCCACAGUGGGGCUGGGGCCAAUCCUACCCAUAUUAUGGUGGCAAUUACUACGGAAACUACGGAGGAUACAACCGGGGAUACGGUGGACAUCAUCACCACAGCCACAGCCACAGUCAUGAGCAUUGGGGAUGA